AUGGCGACCGCAACAGAGGCACCGGCAAGCGGUGGGAACAACAGUUUCCGCAACAAGGAGAAGCCCUUGGCCGUCCGCUCCUCCAACAUUGUCGCCGCAAGAGCGGUUGCCGACGCCAUCAGAACCUCCCUGGGACCACGCGGCAUGGACAAGAUGAUCCGUAGCGGAAAGGGCGAGACGAUAAUCACAAAUGACGGCAGCACCAUGUUGCAGAGCAUGUCUGUCCUCCACCCCACAGCCAAGAUGCUUGUCAACCUCUCCAACGCACAAGAUGUCGAGGCUGGUGACGGCACAACAUCAGUGGUGGUCAUCUGCGGCGCACUGUUGGGCGCAGCCGACCGCCUGCUGUCAAAAGGCAUUCACCCUUCCGUCAUAUCCGAAUCCUUCCAGCGAGCUGCGACUGCCGCCGUAGCAGUCCUUCACGACAUGUCACAACCCAUCGCUCUCACGGACACCUCGGCGCUCCUGCAAGCAGCGAACACCUCCCUCUCCUCUAAGAUCGUCUCGCAGUACGCCAACCUGCUCGGCCCCAUGGCCGUCAACUCCGUUACCAAGACGAUAGACCUCAAGACCGCAGACAACGUGGACCUCAAGAAUAUUAGGACCAUCAAGAAGGUCGGCGGUACGAUUGAGGACAGUGAGUUGGUGGACGGCGUGGUUCUCACCCAACCAGUCAUCAAGAACGCGGGCGGUCCCAUCCGCAUGGAGAAGGCCAAGAUCGGUCUCAUCCAGUUCCAGCUCAGCCCGCCCAAGCCAGACAUGGAGAACACAAUCUCGGUCAACGACUACCGCCAGAUGGACAAGAUUGUUAAGGAGGAGCGCAUGUACCUGCUGAACAUGGCCAAGAAGAUCAAGAAGUCCAAGUGCAACGUUCUGCUCAUCCAGAAGUCCAUUCUCCGGGAUGCCGUCAACGACCUGUCCCUCCACUUCCUCGCCAAACUCAACAUUCUGGUCGUCAAGGAUAUCGAGCGUGACGAGGUCGAGUUCAUUUGCAAGUCCACGGGUUGCAAGCCCGUUGCGGACAUCGAUUCAUUCACGGAGGACAAGCUCGGCAGCGCUGACCUCGUGGAGGAGGUGACCGGCACCAAGUCUGCAGGCAAGACUGUUUCUGUCGUUGUCCGGGGUGCAAACGCCCUCAUCCUCGACGAGGCGGAGCGUUCCCUGCACGACGCCCUUUGUGUGGUGCGAUGCUUGGUGAAGAAGAAGGCCCUGAUUGCAGGUGGUGGUGCUCCCGAGAUCGAAAUUGCCGCUCAGCUGUCCAAACAAUCACGAGAGCUGACGGGUACCGAGUCCAUCUGCUGGAAGGCCUUCGCCGAUGCGAUGGAGGUCAUUCCGACGACCCUGGCCGAGAACGCUGGCCUGAACCCAAUCAGAGUUGUCACGGAUUUGCGACACCGCCACGAGUUGGGCGAGAGGAACGCGGGUGUGAGCAUCAAGAGUGGAGGUGUCAACUCCAACAUAUCCAAGGAGAACGUGCUGCAGCCGUUGUUGGUGAGCACGAGCGCUAUUGAGUUGGCGGCGGAGACGGUCAAGAUGAUCUUGAGAAUAGACGACAUUGCGCUUAGUAGGUAA